UGAGGGGCUGCUCCGGGCCGGGCGCGCCGCUCCCGCAGGUUCCCGGAGGUACCCACAGGUUGGCACCCCGGGUACGGGCGCUGUCCCCACAGGUGUUGUUUUGCAGGGUGGUGUGGCUGUGCUGGGGGUGCCACCGUGCUCCGUGGGAGCCCUGGUCCUGAGCUGACUCUCCUUGCUGCAGAGGAACCCAAAGGACACUGGCUGGGGGCACUCCCUGUCCUGGCUCCGGACGUGCAUCACAUCAGUUUGGCAGGGCAAAGGUGUGGCUGGAUGACGGCUGAGGAUGUGCUAUGGAGCCGGGACUCAACUGCUCUGAGCUCUGCGAUGGCAGCUCCAGCUUUGGCAGCCAGGAGCAGCAGCAGCGGGCCCUGCAGGAGCUCUGCACUGUGACAGUGACAUCAUUUGACCACAGUAUGAAGAGCUCCCCAUCCUUCUCUGCUGGUCUCCUGGGAGUUGUGUGGACAUUCCUGACUGGAGGAGUCCUGCUAGCACUCUUCUUUUUCAUCUUCACUAUUCGCUUCAGGAAAAACAGGAUUGUGAAGAUGUCCAGCCCCAAUCUCAACAUUGUGACCCUGCUGGGCAGUGGCUUGACUUACACAAGUGCUUACCUCUUUGGGAUUCAGGAGCAGAGCCUGCCAUCUGGAGACUCAAUGGAAAAACUAAUUCAGGUGAGGCUGUGCCUGCUGUGUGUGGGGACCUCGCUGGUGUUCGGGCCUGUGCUGGGGAAGAGCUGGAGGCUCUACAAGGUGUUCACCCAGCGGGUGCCCGACAAGCGCGUGAUUAUCAAAGACCUGCAGCUGCUGGCCAUGGUGGCAGCGCUGGUGCUGGCAGACACUGUCUUGCUCUUGACCUGGGUGUUCUCUGACCCAGUCCAGUGCUUCCGAAGCCUCAGCGUCUCCCUGCGGGCCACAGAGAAAGGCAUGACGUGCUCCGUGAGCCGGGUGCAGUCCUGUGCAUCGCUCUAUUCCGACCUUUGGCUCGUUCUCAUUUUAGGCUUUAAGAGUAUCCUCCUGCUGUAUGGGACCUACUUGGCCGGUCUGACCGACAACGUCAGCUCCUCUCCAGUGAACCAGUCCUUGACACUCAUCGUCGGGGUCAACCUGGUUUUCCUGGCUGCUGGUACCAUCUGCUUAGUUCACCGUUUCUUCCGUGCUUGGCACAAUCUGCUGUUUGGUUUUACCUCUGGAGGCAUCUUUGUGUGUACAACCACCAUCAACUGCUUCAUCUUUGUCCCACAGCUCAAGCAGUGGAAAGCCUUUGAAGAGGAAAGCCAAACCAUGAGCCACAUGGCAAAAUAUUUCACCAGCCCGAGCAGGAGCUGCCGCUCAGUGUACAGCGAGGAGCAGCUCUACCAGCUCAUAGGGGAGAAAAACUCUAUGAAGCGGCUGCUCACUGAGAAAAACGCCGUGAUCGAAAGCCUGCAGGAGCAAGUGAGCAGCGCCAAGGAGAAGCUGAUGAGGCUGAUGUCUGCGGAGAGCGGCUGUGACCCCCGUGUGCUGCCAGCAGCCGCCUGCACCUGGAGCUCAGGGCAGCCUGGGGAUGCACCAGGGGACUGCUGCCCCCCGGAUCCAGGGAGGGAUGGGUGGCAGCCCCCCUGCUUGCUGGGUACGUCACCUCCUGGCAGCAAUGCUCAGGCCCUCCAGAAAGAUGCAACCCAGGAGCCUGUUUGUACUCAGGUGCUGCUUUUUAAUGGAGGGGAUAGCAUUGAACGUGGCCUGAAAGAUCUCCAGGAGUGUGGGACACCUGCAGUGCAGGAGCAGCCUCCGGUGCAGCUGCCAGGCCAGGACAAUUCAGCUGGUGUAGCCUGGGAGUCGUCCCCUAAAAUCAGCUAUGUAAACAGUGAGAAGCUGUGGGAAAUCUUGCAAGAGUUAAGCCUGGAUGGCAAAAACCACAGCCCAGCCUUAUCUGCAGGAUCCCCACUCGGCAACCGGGGCACCUCAGGCGAGCAGGGAGAAACACGGGCGGGCCAGGAGGGCUACCCAGGCAUCCACACAGCCCUCAGCCCCUACCUGGCAAGGCUUCAACGGAGGAUCCCACUGCCCCCUGCCUCCACACGCUUCCCUGGACACGUAUCCCCUCGUGCCAGCUGCAGGCUGAAGGAGGUGGGCAGCUGGGGCCGUGGGGAGUCAGCACAAAACUCCCUGGGAAAGGGAGGGGACACGGCUGGCAGAGAGCUGCUUCACGGCCCAGCACCAUCCCCUGCAGCCAUCCCGAGGGGGGCCAGCCUCCAGCCAGAGGGGUGGCAGGGAUGGCCCAGGGUGCCUCAGGGGUGCCAGCGUGCCUCACCGAGCAUCCCGCAGGAGCGGCGGCGGCGGCAGGGCACGCCCAGGGGCCCCGCGGAGCCCUCCCUGCGCUCGCUGUACUAUUACCCAGACUCUGACUCCAGCAGCAGCAGCAGCAGCUCUGAGGACGUGUUUCAUGGCUGCCACCGACCCUGCUGCGAGGUUUGCUUCCAGAGCCCUCGUGGCUCCCUGGACAGCAGCAGCACGGACACGGACACAGAGCCCAGUGACUGUGAGGAUCACCAGACAGAGCACCACGGCGGGCCCCAGCCUGUGGUGAAUUUCAAAGAGGAUCUGAAACCCACUUUCGUGUGACUGGGAGCACCCCUGCUCCAAAGGCAAGUGCCCUCCCAACCCCAAAACACUGCGUGUUCUCUGCAAUGCUAAAGCCACACAUCCCUCUGGGGAAUGUGCCUUGUUCUGGAAUGUGGGGAUUUGCCCCAUUCUGAUCUGCAGUGUCGGCCGUGCCUGCAGCCUGAGUUUGGCUGAGAGGGGCUUGGCAGCACUCGGGGAGGUGGCAGUGGCCUUGUCCUGGCUGCUCUGGGCAGCAGCCUGUGUCCCACGUGUAGCAGCAGUUCUGUCCAUCCUGGUGCAGCAGUGCAGAAACCGGGUCUGGGGGUGUGUGAGAGCCCAAACUUCAUCUCCUCAGAGAGCUUUCCCUGUGAGACCUGCGUGAUUUGCUCUGGCAGGGAGCAGCAUCCUGCCUCAGAAACAACCAUGGCUUCUUGCACACCUCUCCAUAUGGACCGACAGGAGACUCCUUCCCCUGAGGCUGCCCAGGCAGAGCAUUCCCCUGGCAUCACCCCAGCUGGGGAUGGGAGACGGAUGCCAAAAGCAGCUGCAGGCGGCCCUGCACCUGGGGUGUGCUGCUUCCAGGCAAAACAAGGACUUUGGAAGGGGGGGUGCACAGCAAACUUUUGGGUUUUGGUGGGGUUUUUUUUUUGUAGCAUCUGAACAGGAAAAUGGAGUCCAAAGGUGAUGUCUGUGGAGGUGUCUUUGCAUUUUGUGUUCUUCAGGUGCAUCGUUGUAGGUGAGACUCAGGUCAGAGCUGAAGGGAAAGACAAGCUAGCCAUUGUUAAGGAUGAUCUGAAAAGGGGUUUCUUUUUUUACCUUGAUUUCUGGAUCUUGUGCCCUUCUGUCUAUCUUUGUAUGGAUGAUAUAGUCUGGAAUAAGGUUUGUUUAAGUUAAUAUGCUCUGUUUAAUUUUUAUCUUAGAAACACCAAGAACAGUAAAUCCAGUGUGUGUGCCUUUUUGGGAU